GUUAGGGGCGGCCUGGAAUUGUGGGUUGUUGAUCCCAUUCCCGCCACGUGAGCGUCUGUUCCCCACGUUAGGGGCGGCUCACCAAAGCGGUAAGUGUUGCCAACGACCCCCCCCCCCCUUUCGAGCGUCUGUUCCCCAGGUUAGGGGCGGCCCGAAAACCCGGUGUUCAGCCUCCUCCCCCCUCAUGAGCGUCUGUUCCCCAUGUUAGGGGCGGCUCAUUGCAAGUUAUAGUUGGCUGAACCCCCCCCCCCCUCCCGAGCGUCUGUUCCCCAGGUUAGGGGCGGCUCGAAACAGCGUCUGUACCCCAGGUUAGGGGCGGCUGAGUGAAAGUCCUUGUGUCGGCGUGGGACUCUAAACAGUACCGGCACGAUGGUCCUCCGGCGAGACAGGGGGUUGGUGCAGGCCACACGAACCCGCCGUAAAACACCAGUGCAGGAAGCACACGAUGCGAGCCGGACCAAUCGGCACGGAACUGGACAUCUUACGAGGUCCCACGAUUGGAAGCUCGGGACGUGGAAUUGCAGGUCUCUCAGAUUUGACGGGAGUAUCCGCAUACUCUCCGACAUAUUGAGGGUCCGCAAGUUCAGCAUCGUAGCGUUGCAGGAGGUUUGCUGGAUAGGCGCGGAAGAGGUACGAGAGUACAAAAGAUUGGGUUGUAGAAUCUACCAGAGCCGCGGCAAGAAAAAGAGGCUCGGGACAGCCUUUAUAGUGUUGGGCGAAAUGCUCGAUCGUGUGAUUGGGUGGACCCCGAUCACCGACCGAAUGUGCGUGUUGAGGGUUAAGGGCCGUUUCUUCAACAUCAGCAUCAUAAACGUGCACAGCCCGCACUCAGGAAGCGAAGAUGACGAGAAGGACGCAUUUUACGAGCAGCUGAACUGGACGACAACAGCUGCCCAAAACAUGACGUCAAAAUCGUCAUCGGAGAUUUUAAACGCUCAGGUUGGCCAGGAGGAGGAAUUCAGACCGGUGAUAGGAAAGUUCAGCGCCCACGUACGCACGAACGAAAACGGCCUGCGACUGAUCGACUUCGCCACCUCCAAAAAUAUGGCCGUACGAAGUACCUGCUUCCAGCAUAACCUCCGAGAUAAGUACACCUGGAGAUCGCCACAAGGAACGGAAUCGCAAAUCGACCACGUCGUAAUCGACGGUAGACACUUCUCCGACAUCAUCGACGUCAGGACCUAUCGCGGCGCCAACGUCGACUCGGACCACUAUCUGGUGAUGGUGAAAAUGCGCCAACGACUUUCCCUGGCGAAAAGCGUUCGGUACCGCCGCCCUCCGCGGCUGGAUCUGGAGCGGCUUAAGUUACCGGAAGUCGCAUCCCGGUACGCGCAUUCGCUGGAGGCUGCGUUGCCAGGGGAGGCCAUCACCAACGCAGCGGAAAGCACCAUCGGAUUUGUGGAACGAGGACGACGGAACGAUUGGUUCGACGAGGAGUGUCGAGCGAUUUUGGAGGAGAAGAAUGCAGCACGGAGGGCAAUGCUGCAGUAUAAUCUCCGUGAUUACGAAGAGGCGUAUGGACAGAAGCGAAGGCAGCAGCACCAGCUCUUCCGGGAGAAAGUGCGCCACCACGAAGAGUUGGAAUUCGAGGACAUGGAGCAGCUGCAUCGCUCAAACGAGACGCGCAAGUUCUACAAAAAACUCAACGGAUCCCGCCAAGGCUUCACGCCGCGAGUCGAAAUGUGCCGGGAUAAAGAUGGAGUGAUAUUGACGGACGAGCGCGAGGUGAUCGACAGGUGGAAGCAACACUUCGAUGAACACCUGAAUGGCACAGAAGCAGAGGCAGGGGUCCAAGACGGCAGAAGAGAGGACUACAUCGGUGCAGCAGGAGAAGAACUCAUCAAGAUGGGCCCGGAGAAGCUGGUGUUCUGUUUGCACAGUCUGAUAGUCAGGAUCUGGGAGUCAGAACAGCAACCGGAGGAGUGGAAAGAAGGAGUGAUAUGCCCGAUCUACAAAAAGGGGGACAAGUUAGAUUGUGAGAACUACCGUGCCAUCACAAUACUCAACGCGGCCUACAAAGUGUUCUCCCAGAUCCUUUUCAGCCGUCUAUCGCCGAUAGCAGAGGAUUUUGUUGGAAGCUAUCAAGCCGGAUUCGUCGUGGGGAGAUCGACGACCGACCAAAUCUUCACUGUGCGACAAAUCCUCCAAAAGUGUCGCGAAUACCAAGUCCCCACGCACCACCUAUUCAUCGACUUCAAAGCCGCGUACGACUCAGUCGAUCGCGAAGAGCUAUGGAAAAUAAUGGACGAAAACGGCUUUCCCGGGAAGCUGAUAAGACUGACCAGAAUGACGAUGGAUGGUGCUAGGUGUUGUGUGAAGAUAUCGGGUGCGGAAUCGGACUCGUUUCCUUCACUCGGGGGGCUUCGGCAAGGCGAUGGGAUUUCUUGCCUCUGUUUCAAUGUGGUACUGGAAGGUGUUAUGAGACGAGCGGGCUUCAAUAUGCGGGGCACGAUCUUCAGCAAGUCCAACCAAUUCAUCUGCUACGCCGACGAUAUGGACAUUGUUGGCAGAACGCUCAAGGCGGUUGCUGAUGCGUACACCGGCUUGAAGCGGGAAGCAGAAAAGUGUUCCAUCUACAAGUCGCUGAUAAGACCGGUCGUCCUCUACGGGCACGAGACGUGGACAAUGCUCGAGGAGGAUCUACGAGCGCUAAGCGUAUUCGAACGUCGAGUGCUCAGGACCAUCUUCGGCGGCGUAUUUGGGAACGACGGAUGGCGGCGGAGAAUGAACCACGAGCUUGCGCAGCUCUACAACGAACCAAGCAUCCGGAAGGUCGCGAAGGCUGGACGGUUGCAGUGGGCGGGUCAUGUUGCUAGGAUGCCGGAGCGACCCGAGCAAUUGAGCCAGCGGAACCAGAGGAUCAACCCUGCGAAGUUGGUGUUUGUGUCGGAGCCGGGCAGGUUUGGCUCGAUGUUGGUCCAGGAUCUCGGUCUUCUCCAGCGCGAAACGGCGUUGCUUCUCGAUGCUGUGUUGGAUGAGGGCAGUUCGGUCCUUCAACCGGUGAAUCUCGGUGUCAUCAUCAGCGUUUCAUUACGUUUCGUUAGAUUUAGUUUCUGA